UAUCCGUUCGGGCAGGUCCUAUUGUCUCGACCGAAGCUCGACCAGUGCCGUGAUUACUGGGUGCAACUGACUGAAGCUGACAGUGCUCAGCAGAUAUUGUGUUUCGUGACCAAAAGUGACUGCUUCCGGGAAAGUGAAAGUGACAGCAUUUCUCUCAUUGCGCUAAGAACUGUACGGGACAUUGCGUUAGUAGAUCCAUGAACUGACCGAAGACGCCGGCUUCAGCCCAGAACAGCAAGCAGCCAGCCCGAUCUCCAUCUCGGUGACGUGGUUUUGGGCGAGUUUUGUUUUCAACAAGCAGUUCCACGACAGAACCGCUAAACACACAAUGCAUAAGUUUGUGUUCGUGGUACUGUGUGCGCUGCUGGUUGGCGGGGCGCUUGGUGAGGCGGCGCUCGGCAACUACUACAAGGAUGUCGUGCGGGAGCAGCACAAACUGAUCAAUGAGAUGAAUCAAAACUUUACCGAGCUGGAGAAGGCGAGCGAAAAGCUGAUCGAUCUGGGUUUCUACGUCGGCAAGCACAAGCUGCCACCGAAGACGGUCAAGAUCACCAACACGGUGGCAGUGAAGGUGCCCGUACCGUUCCCGGUCAAGGUACCGGAACCGGUGCCGGUCCCGGUGCCGGUGAGCAAACCCGUCCCGGUGCCGGUCCCGACGCUGGUCGCCAUACCGGUCGAGAGUACUGUAGCGACCGUGCCGGCAGUGACUGUGGCCGGUAGCACCAGCGCGGGUGGCCCAAGUCCGUCGCCGGCGACCGUCGCGGAUGCUGACCCAGCGUCGUCACAGGCGCACGCUAGCACGGUGCAGGUCCAAGAGUACGUACAAUCGUUUCCAAUACACUCUGUAUACGACGCUGGCGACGAUUACAAUCCCAUGGAAGGAAACCGUCUCGCACUAGCGGAACACACUGCAUCCCCUACUGAGAGCACGUUCAGUAAACCAAGUCCUUCUUCACUUCAACAGCUGGAAGAAUAUCACCACCAGCACCACCAGCGCCACCAUGCCCAACAGCAUUCGCCACAGUCGAAGCAUCAUCAACAUCAAAGCCCAGCGCAAACGGGAUCGCAUUCGAGCGCGGAACAGUACUACGGGGGACAUGGGGCCAGCGCCCAACGACAGUACUAUGUCGGUGGUGCUCAAGUUCAAGCCGGUGCGCAUUCGGCUGCAAAGUUCCGACCUGAGUCUCAUGCGCUCCAAUCGGCGUCCGAAUCGUAUGACUUCGGGGACGCCGCCAACCAAUUCCACACGGCCUCGUUCACCAGUGCCACGGAUUCGACCUAUUCCGCUGCGUCAGGCCUCGCCGGAGGCAAAUCUGCACCGUCUGCAUCGUCGGCCAUCGGCGAAGACUACCGCUUUGCCAGCGAGCAGCAGCAGCAGCAGCAGUUCCAGCGAGGACAGCACGGAGAAUCUCACUUCGAGACAGAGCAAUUCGGUCGAGGAGGAACCGGAGGAGACGCUCGAGGAGCUGGACGAGGAGGAGCUGGAGAAUCGAGCGGAGGAAGAAUCGUCGGAGGAGAGAUCGGAGGAAUCGGAGGAGGUGAUACGGAAACCGGUGCGCACUCGUACGUCAGGUUCAGCGAAGCAGCGGACUACGCCCAAGCGGACCACCAAGCGGCCGAGGUAUCGCGAUUCCAAAGUGAAGGCGAAACGCGACUCCAGGCUGGAUUCGAAGCGGGGUUCCAAGAAGGGCUACAAGCGACACACCAAGCGGGACUCGAAGCGGGACUCCAAGCAGGACUCGAAGCGGGACUCCAAGCGGAGCAAGCUGCCGAAAAAGGUGCGCACCGUCACGGAACCGGCACCAAAGGCAAAGAAGUCAGCGAUCUCACUCCACGCCCGUUCCAAACUGUUCGCGAAUCGUACCCGCGCUAUGAAAAGCCCGAUUUUGAUCGCUACCGCGCAGAGUCCGGUGAUCACCACCACCACCACCAUCACCCCAGUCACGACCACCAUGCUGCCGAUCAUCCGCAGCAAAGUGUUGUCCGAGGUGGAAGUAGCACCGGCAGCGUCCUCACCGAGGGCUACGAUCACCCAGCUUUCGCCAAGUCGCACCGACCUGCUGCUGCAGCAGCCGCAUCCUCCGCCGGAAUUCUACCCACCACCGCCACAACACACGGUUACUCGGUAUCGGGGGAACGGUCCGUUUACCCGUCGGUAUCCACCGCGGGCUACCAUCAUUCGCAUCCAUAUCCAGCGAACGUACCGGGGGAAGCGCAUAAAGAUCUACGUCAUCAAGCCGACGCCACCGGGGAGCAGCGAUUUCCUUUCUACCACGCCACCAAACACGAUCCCCACCUUGCUCGGUCUGCCCUCAAACCGCAUCACGCAGACGCUGCUGCCGGCGGACCAUCCUAUCAGCUACAGCAACAGUACGGCGAACACGCGGAGUCCCAGACGGGCGGUUCCGCCGCGCAAACCGGGUUAUCCGGGUUCCGGCAUAAUGCCGCGGGUGGCUACAACACCUACACCGAGCACCACAACUACCACCACCACCAUCACUACCUCAACGGCCAGCAGCACGAUCGCCAGAAGCACAAGGGAAGCUACGGAGCCCGCACGGUCAAGCCCACCGUCCUCAGUGUCCCCAGUGACGCUCACCUCUACCCUGGCUACAACCAGCACCACGAUCACCACCACCACGGAAGCGACGCAACCGCCGCCGACAACCACGCCGGCAAGUUCCACUACCACUUCCACAACGUCCACCCGGUCGGAGGCGGGGCCGGAAGCGGACCAGACCACCACGAGUCAGCUGCCAGCGAGCAGUACGCCGUCCACACCGAGUACGGUGGUGUUGCCGGACCGGACGGAAGCGUCGUAACGUCGUACGAUCCACCUGCCAGCGGCAACACCUUCCACUUCCACGACGACGGCACGGGGGACAUGUUUGCCGGUGCUUCUACCGUGCAGGAACAGCAUCGGGCACCGUACGAGGAAGAGUCCUCGUCGUACGGACACACGCAAUGAUCUCGGCAACGCGCAAAUGAUCGAUUGAAUCCCCUUUCGGAGGCAUUGAUCGAUCGAAUGGAGAGGCUUUUAGACUUCCGGUUAGUUUGGACAUUCGAAUUCCUUGAAGUUAUUUAUUAUUUCUUCCUCGCUCGGCAUAUCCGGUAAAGAUUUGAUUGUUGAUGACGUACACUGGGUGUACUAUCACUCGCUCGCUAGUUCCUACCAACCUAUACACUUAGUGACGCGUGAUUGCGUAUGCAUGUUUUAAAUUUUCGCAAUUCCACGCUUCCUCGUCCUGUCCAGCUAACCACAACGGUGCUGCCAUCUACCGGAUAGUUUCUUCCGGCCCUGUACAGGAAACGGGCACCCCAAGCACUCGCGUUCGUUAGGGCAUUAGGUAAGCAAAGACCGCCAAAAAAAAGUGCUGCUCCCCAUUCGAUCGGCCAUGUUUGCAGGGGAAUUAUAAAACGUUUGACGUUGUGUUUCCUCAACUUGAUCGUGUUUUGUUACCAAUUUUUGUUUUUUGUUGUUUUCUUGUUGUAAAUCUCCCCUCGCUGUAAAACUGAACCCGUUACCGCGUGUGUUACCCCGAGUGUGCGUGUCGUGUACCGUGUUUGGUGUUGUUGAUUAGUGGUUUAAGAAUGUACGUUCGCAACAGCUUGUGGGUUGGACUGGCAACGCCUGCGAGCUUCCACUUCACUAGUUCGCGUUUUUUGCGCUACGUUUAUACCUUUAGUAACAAGGGUUUUGCACGCGCCAGGUUGUUCACUAAAUCGGGCGCUGUACCAUCUGAAUAAAUGUGUAAGCUUUGUACAACAU